AUGAAACAAGUGACGUUGCGUUCUGAAAAGGAUGAAGAUCUGGCGAUGGUGCUUAGAAACGGUUCCUACGGUAGCUUGGAGUGGUUGAAUCUUGCUUUCACGGCGGUCACUUCCGCAUCUGCUGAGUACCUUGUGAAAUUGCCGUCUUUGCGAUACCUGAACCUGUGGUCUACACAUUUUGGCGAUUCGGGUUUGCAACUGAUCUCAGAACACCUACAUAAGCUCGUAGCUUUGAAUCUAUGCGAAACGCCCGUUACAGACAAAGGCCUUGAAUGCCUCACUGCGUUGAAAAAUUUACAGAAGCUUAAUCUGAACAGUACUCAGCUAUCGGUGGCUACCUUUGAAAUACUUAAGGCAGAACUGCCGGCUUUAAUCGAAGUUGAUAUUCGAUAUACCGAAGCGUGGUGCGCUGAGUACAUCUGA